GUAUUCAUAAUACAAGAUGGCGUCUGUCAUGUAAUGACUGAACCCACAUUAAUGGUUGUUACCAAAGCAACGAAUAAAUAUUAACAGAAUAAACUACGAACCUAGACAUGUCUGCGAUUGAAAUAUUUUCAAGUUCUAUUUAUUAUAAAUAUAAAGCUAGAAUAUGUUCUUUAAGUUCUUUAAUUGUGUUAUUAUUUGUUAUAAUGUCAAUAAUUACUCCAUUGUUUUUAAUGUUUAAUGCAGGAGGAUUUUGGAUAAAAACAAAAAUUAAUUCAGAAAUGCCAGAUAUAUCUUUUCAAUACAAAUAUUUAUUAUUAAUGGAGAGAGGCAUAGAAAUGGCUCCAAUAGUUUGUUCUACCUUUACUAGCUACAAAGAAAAUAAGAUUUCCGAUGAUUGUUUAAUUAUAAAGGUACAAGAAAUAGAUACCAAUAAUGAUGGGAAAAAAGAUAUAUUAAAAUUCGAAGCACAAUUUUAUACGGAUUCACCUAUCAAAAAUAUUAAGCUCUUUUUAUUUUUUGAUUUUAAAUUGAAACAACUCUUCGAAAGCUCCAUUCAAUCGUUUGCAAUAUUUGAUCAUACUUUGAACCAAGACGAACAGAAGAUUCAUUUUAUAGCAGAUUUGGAAUUGAAGCAGAGAAGUAUACUUCACAGCGAUCAUUUGUACGAGAUAUAUAAUCAUAGCAUAGAAUUAACAGACCGAUCAUUGUUGCAAUUGGUAUCUCAAAACGUUAAUAAAAAGUUUUCAGCUGAGGUUACCAAUAGCCAUGUAAUUACUCAAUCAGGAUUUUCCAAAGAAGAUAUGAUAACGAUUCAAGGAGAAUUACAUUAUAAAGAUCAUUUACUAUAUUAUCAACCUAAUUUGUGGGAAGAAUUUAAAUGGGCAUGGAUACAGUAUAUAUCAUGUUUUAUUGUAUUCGUUUAUCUAAUUAAUUACAUUCUAACAUUUUUAUUCUCUAAUCGAUAUUUAAACUCGUAUAUUGUAGUGCCGUGGAAAACUAAAUAAUAAAACAGAAUAAAGAUAA